AUGAGCAAGUCCACUCGCCGUCCCCCGAAACUGUCUCCAGCUCUUUUCAGCGCUGCUGUUGGGGCCGGCGCUCCUACCGGCGGACUUCCCCCUUCGCCGUCCGCCCAGAACCCGACCGAAGUGCAUGAUGCGCACGUCGAACUCGCCUCGCCGGGCGCGUUGCUCAAGUGGAAGACCGAGGCAGGAGGAGUCUACGGCCCCAAGAUCAAGUCGGUUGUGCUCGCCCUGCCUGCAAACGCGGCCUCAAAGGAUGUCCUUGGAAGGUCGUAUAACCAUCCCCGCCGAGUCGGGAAUCAUCGCACUCUCUAUCCCAUACCCGCUCUCGGGCCCCCUCCUGAAUUGACAGCACCAGUCCCUAUAGCUUACUCGUUCACCUUUAAGCAGUCAUCCGAUGCCCUAGUGGAAGCCUUGAGAUGGGCCUCUGACAAACACCCGGUGGAUAUCGACGUUCAGGUCGAUCUCAUCAAAGACGAGCAAGGCUGGGACGCCCUCGAAGAGCUCAUCAGCAAGGUUGUAAGCGAUCCAGACCAACAGAAGGGCGAGGCAGACUCGGUCUCCCAACCCAAGCCCAACCUCAAGCCUAUUGUCCUUUCCAAUUUGCUCCCUCCCCCUGGUGCCCUCGCGGUCCCGACCGUCAAAUUGCUCACCCAUCCGAUGUACCUGGCAUACCAGGAACGUAUCGCGUCACUCUCUUUCAACCUGAACGUGUACCUCAAGUACCUUCCUCCUGACUGGCACACCCCUACUCCGACUUCUCCGCUACCAGGUUCAAAACCUAGUGACCCGGAAGGUUCAAUACGCGACCUGGAUAGUGAGGAGAAGAAGGAAUGGAAACGAAGGACCAAGAUGUACCUUGGCCCCGCCAUCGAAGCAUUUGGUUACUCGCGUCUAGUGUUUGGAUCCUCUCCUUCCACAACUUCAACCUCGACAUCGAAUGCAGGUGACUGGUAUCAAAUCGCCAAAGAGAGUGUUGCAGAAUUGGGCGUCGAUCAGGAAGGACUCGACGCCGUGUUCGGUACCAACGCCAAGACGAUUUACGGUCAAUGA